AUGGAUAUCUUUAAAAUAAUCACUACUACUACUACUACUACUACUACUACUACUACUACUACUACUACUACUACUACUACUACUACUACUACUACUACUACUACUACUACUACUACUACUACUACUACUACUACUACUACUACUACUACUACUACUACUACUACUACUACUACUACUACUACUACUACUACUACUACUACUACUACUACUACUACUACUACUACUACUACUACUACUACUACUACUACUACUACUACUACUACUACUACUACUACUACUACUACUACUACUACUACUACUACUACUACUACUACUACUACUACUACUACUACUACUACUACUACUACUACUACUACUACUACUACUACUACUACUACUACUACUACUACUACUACUACUACUACUACUACUACUACUACUACUACUACUACUACUACUACUACUACUACUACUACUACUACUACUACUACUACUACUACUACUACUACUACUACUACUACUACUACUACUACUACUACUACUACUACUACUACUACUACUACUACUACUACUACUACUACUACUACUACUACUACUACUACUACUACUACUACUACUACUACUACUACUACUACUACUACUACUACUACUACUACUACUACUACUACUACUACUACUACUACUACUACUACUACUACUACUACUACUACUACUACUACUACUACUACUACUACUACUACUACUACUACUACUACUACUACUACUACUACUACUACUACUACUACUACUACUACUACUACUACUACUACUACUACUACUACUACUACUACUACUACUACUCACUAAUACUUGUCAGAUUUAUAGUUCAAGUAGAAACUCUUAGAUUACAUUUAUGUUUCGAAUAUACAUUUCACCAAUUUAUUCAGUUACGUACUUGAAAUUGAGAUGUAUGGACAGAUGAGAAAGUGAUUUUCACUCUAAUUAAAGAGAUUUAUCUCACACAAUCCAGAAUACAAACUUUUUAGAUAUAUCAGCUAUCUUCUAGUAUCUAUUUUUAUCUAUUAACUAAUCAAUCUAUCUAUUAUCUCCCUUUCUAACUAUAUAUCUAUCUACCUACCUGAGUACCUAACGUUCUAUUUACUUAUCUACGAAUUUAUUUACAUACCUAUCACGCGAUCUGCAUGACUAUUAGUCUAUCUCCCUUUUUCUGUCUAUCUAUCUGUUUUGCUAUCUAUGUUAUCAUCUAACCAUAAAAUUAUAUAUCUACUUUAAGACGCGAUGUCCUUGUAUUAAAUUAAUAAUGAACUAUGUUCAGCACAAUAAACAGCACGUUGUGGUGUAUGCUACCUAUAUAGACAUAAGUAGUAUGUAACACCAAUCACAAGUGGUAUGUCUGGCAACAGAAGAUUGACAAGAACGAAUCUAAGAGAACAGGAACACAGAGUAAUCAUUAUGGAAAUGAAAAAACGAUAAAGUUUGAGACGCUUUAUGGAGGAUUUCCAAAUGAAGUAUUGAACGUAUAGUUCUCACAUUUGACGAAAGAACUCUCUAAUUUUGUAUUAAAAUAAAAUCAGUUGUCC